AUGAACCCUCAUCACCGUAGCCGAGGGCCUCUUUCAUUCCCGGCCGCCCUAGCAAUCGGCGCCGUCAUCGUACUCACAUUCUACUUUUAUUCGCCACUGCAAUCCUUCACAAUGACUUCUGACUCCUCCUCAUCCUUCCUCAACAACCUCGAGGUGAGCCUGUCUCAGUCCGGCACCUCGCCUCCGAAAGUCUCAGUGUCCGUCAAGAACACACACCCGGACACGCCCGUGACGCUCCUGAAAUGGAACUCCCCGCUUGACCCCGCCGUUCUCGGUCUGGGCCAGGUGUCCAUCCAGCCGGCCGGGGCCUCCGAGCCGAUCGAGACCCAUGCCAUCAUGAUCAACCGCAAGAUGCCGCCCGGCGCCGAGUCGCUCAUCACAUUGCGACCCGGUGAGAGCGCGGAUCAAGUUGUUGAGCUUCGCGAGCCAAGAGUGCCGGGUGAUGUGUGGGAGGCAGGCAAGGCCAAGGUAGCGAUGAAGGGAAGGUGGAUGGCUGUCUGGCCUGGUCUGACUGCGGAGGAAGUGUUGCAGAGCCCCGAGAAGUUGACCUCUGUCGGUGCUGGUGCAGGAUCUCUGAUAGGGGAGUGGGAAACGGAGACUAUUGAGGUUGGAAACUGA